GUGCAGUAGGUGGCACCUUAAAGCUCUCUGGAGGCGAGCAGGCGCCAUUGAAGCGAGAGCAGCCGCCGCUGCAGCAGCUGGCGCCGCGCAGAAGUGGGUGAUUGUGGAGAGCGAGAGCGCGAGGAGGAAGGCCGGGCUGCGCGGCUCAGGUGCCUCUUGGGUGUGCGCCGGGCUGACCAGCAACAUGCCGGAGCAGAGCAACGAUUACCGGGUGGCCGUGUUCGGGGCGGGAGGCGUCGGCAAGAGCUCGCUGGUCUUGCGAUUUGUGAAGGGCACGUUCCGGGAGAGCUACAUCCCCACGGUGGAGGACACCUACCGGCAGGUGAUCAGCUGCGACAAGAGCAUCUGCACGCUGCAGAUCACGGACACCACGGGCAGCCACCAGUUCCCGGCCAUGCAGCGGCUGUCCAUCUCCAAGGGCCACGCCUUCAUCCUUGUCUACUCCAUCACCAGCCGGCAGUCGCUGGAGGAGCUGGGGCCCAUCUACGAGCAGAUCUGCGAGAUCAAGGGGGACGUGGAGAGCAUCCCCAUCAUGCUGGUGGGCAACAAAUGCGACGAGAGCCCGAGCCGCGAGGUGGAGAGCGGCGAGGCCGAGGCGCUGGCCCGCAAGUGGAAGUGCGCCUUCAUGGAGACCUCGGCCAAGCUCAACCACAACGUGAAGGAGCUGUUCCAGGAGCUGCUCAACCUGGAGAAGCGCAGGACCGUGAGCCUCCAGAUCGACGGCAAGAAGAGCAAGCAGCAGAAGAGGAAGGAGAAGCUCAAGGGCAAAUGCGUGGUCAUGUGAGGCCCUCUGUGCGCGGGGCAGGGGCCCACCCUCGUCCCGCAUCCCGGUCCCCUUCCCCCGUGACACCCCGUCGUCAGGGCCCGCCCCCGCCCUGCCCCUGCCCCUUCCCCCGUGACACCCCGUCGUCAGGGCAGCAUGUACGAUGCCCACGUGUUCACUAGCGCAUUUUGACCGAGACGUGCCCCACUGUCCCCGAGAGGGCACUUCACGCCACCGCCCGUAAGCACCCCCUCUCCAGAAUCAGGGAUUCUGCCCAGUGGCUGAAAUGGGAACCCAUGCACCCUGCACCCCAGGGCACCUGGUGGGGGGCUGAGUGUCUCUGAAGGCGGGUCUGCCCAGGGUGGCGGUGCACUGGGCUCACGCCCGCGGGAGCGGUCUGAGUGCAGGACUAGGUGCCACCUGCAUGCAUGUGAGAGCUGACGCUCACCCGCCUCCGGAGCUGGGCACCCUUAGGGUUGGUGGGGGCGGGGGACGAGGACACCAGCCCCACAUUGUUCCAUUUCUGGAUCGGUAGCUGAAUUGAACAUAAAAUGACACCGCGUCCACCAGAGCACGCUCCCUGUCCAUCCCCAGCUGACUCGGAGCCCUGCGCUCUGAGGGGUGCACUCAGCUCACUGGGACCUGGUCAGCAGGUGUCCCUGUAAUAAUUCCCGCAGAGCGACAGAUGAGUUCCCGCGAGGGCCUCCUGCGUGCCCUUCAGCGUGUGAGUGAGGUGGGUGCCGUCCCCCAGAGCACCUCAGUAAUGCCACACUCGAGGGUUUUAGAAGUGUGGUUUCCUUCCCUUAACCCACGAGGGGUAGACUCCCUCAGAUUUUAAAUAAAUGCAACGAAAGUAGCUUUUCUUAGGCCAAUAUUUUCCCCUCCAAGAUGGUUUCCCUUCUCAGUGAGUGGAUCUGUGUCCAGCUGGGCGCCAGCCGACAAAGUGGUCCCGAGACAGAGCACACCCGCUCCUCAGAGUGACACGGGGAUCUAUCCAUGCCCUACCUUCGCACCGCAGCGAAAUACUUGGAAAUAGCAGCUGUUCGGUGACAGACGCAGACUUCGGGAAGAUGCAUUCGAGUCCCAGUAGGUUAUCUUGCACACUCUGUGACACGUCUUCCAAGAGCUGUUCAGUGUGGAGUUCGCUCUGGAAUCCGUUAUCUUCUCUUAAUGACCUUGUGCGCUUCCUCAGUCCUCCAAACCAAAAUCACGGCCUCUGCCAGUUUCUGCAUGCUGGCCUGGAGACUGGAUGGUGGCGGGAGGCAGGCGGGCGCUCUGUCCCGGGCAGGGCAGAGCCCCCUCCGCUUAACGGCUGUGCCACUGUCGAAUCUGUUUUGGCUUUGCUUCCAGAAAGCUCCGGCUGACAGAGCCCGUGAGUCCUCUUGUUUGUUUUAGUCGGCAUAGCUCACGCUGGCCCCGACUCCAGAACCGUCCUUCAAGCGUUGUCACCUGGCCGGGCUGGAGCUGGGGAGCCCCCAGCUGUUGGGCACAAGUUGUCCAGUUGGGGACAUCUGCAUGCACCCCGUUGGGUUUGCCUCUCUGUCCUGCACCUGCUGUGUCCCCACGGCCUCUCUGGGCAGGGUGCCCGCAGCAGCUCUGUGUGCUCAGCAUUGCCUCUGUUGGUCCCUUCCGGUCAAAGGUCCUUGUCUUCUUGCAUCCUCUGUGCCCUGUGAGGAACUCCCUUUGGGGUGCAUGCCGUGUGUGGAGGUGUCAGCCACCCCACCGUCUGCCCCCCUCUCGGCUUCCUAGAGCGACCCUGAGCAGGGAAGGUGUGGAAGGUCGGGGAGCCAGACCUGAGGCCCCCUCAGGCCCCAGUGGACAUGCCUUCCAGGAGCUUCAUGGUGACACUGAGUUGGCGAAUUUUCUGGAACAUUUAUUUUUCAACCUAUCCCUAUUUUUUUUCUAUAUUUAUUCUCAGAGAGAUGUUAUCAGUUUGUAACUUGGAGAUGGGGUAAGUGGGAAAAGAAACAGGACUUUGUGGCCAAAAUGGGGGGCUGGGGUGUGCCCCAGGCCACCAGGUCCCUAAGGCUGCCCGAUGACCAUCCUGUUCAAACCGAUACAGGUCAGAAUUCCCGUCCGCCCUCUCCCGUCACUGUCUGCCUUUAAAGUGUGUGAAACUUCAUCUGUGGGAGAAGCUUUUCGGGAUUGAAAACUGGAUUGCGUUCAGGAUGUAUUUUGUUCCUUCGUAUUUGGCCCGUGGGUUUAUGGGAAGGCUGUGGACGCCUCGGGCACGGGUCGCCGUUCUGAUGUCACAUUGUAUGGACCACACGGAGGCCUUGCGGGGUGUCUCAGAGCAGUCUUUGAGGAGAGCCCCCCGGUGUCUCAGGCUCGAGGGGUUGGUUCCACCGAAUCAGGUGUGUUUGGCACGUAUGUGGCCCCAUCCUGAGUGUGCGGUGCAGUUCCAGAGGCCCCGACCUACAGCUGCGCGUGGGCACAGAAGUUCCCGACCUAGCCACGGCACGUGACAGAACUCCAAAUAUUGCUUUGGCGCUGGCGUUCCGGGGAUCAGCAUGGGGGUUCCGUGAGCCCCCUUCUGUCCCUACCAGUACCUCCUCCAUCUGGUGAUAAGCCAUGGACGUGCCCUGGGCAUGCAUGCAAUACGGCGAGACCAACACAAGAGCAAUACCGAAUUGUUCAUUCAAUCCAAAAUUAUAUAUAUAUUUUAUAUAUAUAUAAUUUAUCUUCCUGCAUUUUUGAAGUAUAAAGUAGUACAUUGUACAUAUCUGUAAGCUAGCAUAUUUGUUUCACCAUGUCUAAUAUUUAAGAAACGCUCAUUCUUUGUAGAACAAACAACUAUUCAAUAUUUUAAGGACUGCUCUGUGAUACUUAAUUUCCUUUUCGAGAUCGGUAAUGUGUUGCUCCCGCAUCAGCUCUCUGGAAACAUCUGUAACUAACGGGACACGUGUAAGCCCUCAAACCCAUCGUGGAACUCCGUCCCCCACAGAGACAUCGAGCACAGAGUGUUUACAGAGCAUGACUGUGGGAUAUCAAUGUGUAUAUUUAUAUUCGAGGUGUAUUUAUUGUUAUAAUUCCAUUAUCUCUUCUAUUUUGUUUACUCUUCAGUUACAAAAAUCACACUCGCAUACCUGUUUCUAGUUGCCAGUGGUGUUCUGAAAAUAAACCAACUGAAAUAAAGCUUCAGUUCUGACCCCUUGGCUGGAA